UAUAAGUGUUUGUCAGCUAAACACACACGUCAGGGUACCUUAUCGUAGCAAAGCAAUGUCUUCCGAGAGAUGCCUCGUAGUUCUUGUGCUCUCAGCCGUGAUCUCAGGAGUGCGGUUAAGUGAUUCCACUGAAAGCUCCACAGCAACCACUGCCCCAGCGGAACCGGACUACGCUAUCGAUAAGUUCUUCAAUACAAGUGAGGAAAUUUGGGUUUUUAACACUACUCAGCCGAAAGCACAGAAAUGCCGAAAGGACGUCAACAAAAAUAUCACUUCAAACAUCACUUUCUUUGAGAGGUCCUAUGAAGAGAAUGAGGGAAUCAUAAAAGAACAACUCCAAGGAAAACUUGAACUUCAUGAUGAAACUCGGAGCACUGUUUACGACAGAAUUGAAGUUUCUGGCGACUCAAGUGGAGUAUACGAGGAAGUAUUAGAAUAUGCCAGCAGUGACUUCAAGUGCGGCGUCGUUACCGUGUUGGCCUUCAAUAAUGUGACUACUGAGGUCUGGAGAGACCUGCGUGUGAGAAACCGUUCGAAUAUCGCUACAGGUAUUGAAGAGGAAUGCAAGAAACGGUUUGAUUAUAUUGUUACGCUGACUAGAAAGAAUUGGACAUCUCCAUACAGCGCUACAUGCAAAUGAGCAUUGCAGAAGAGCCUACUUUCUGUUAUGCUUCCCUGUUCUUGGCCUUAUUAUUACUCUUAUAAUAAAGCGUCCAAAAUUCACA